AAUGGACGUGUCUUUUAAUUGUCGCUUGUGUAGAUGUUCCCAGACAAUAUAUUGAUCACGAUAGUGAAUAAGACCGGAGUGUCUGUGGAUAAUUACUUUGUUAACCGAGUGGACGUCAAGAAAUUCAUUUCUGGACAUAUAAGGACAUGUGACUGAUGACAUUGCCUUAUGGAAUAUACUAAGCUGUUUACCUUAUUCCAAUAUACAGUUUUGGUAACGUGAUUGAUGAUCGGAUAUAUAUAUGUGCGAAGCCACUGGGGUAGAUUUAAAAGGUCGGGUAGAUUUUCAUUCAUUUUAUUAGGAACACCAAUCGAUAUAUCUAUUAUUUAGAUGUGUUCACUUCGCCGUGCGUGAAGUAAACCAUGCUUAUUUAUAAUCAUCUAAGGAAUAUUACAGCGUGAUUUCACCGAAAGCAGACGAUAGUUACGGAAACAUGUUCGAAUUAGCUCGUUAAAGCAAAAUCUUUGAACAUGGGAAGUUCUGCGGGGAAAUCUCAACCUCCAUCUAGCAAGAGAGAGGACCCCAAGGGCAAUGCCGUCCAAGAAAAGACAAUCGUAUCGCCGGAUUCCAAAUCGAACUCUCAUGCAAACGGAGAAACGAUAAAGCACCCCCUUUCAGUGACAAAGAGAGCGGAUAAUGGGGUCCACGGUGUCACCAACAACACACAGGAUCGUCCGAAAACCAGUAAACAAAGGGUCCAAAUGAAAAGGGAGAAAACCACAGUGCCAAAAGAGAAACCCUCAAAACCCCAACGCGAAAAAACGAUGGGUAUCAAAAGAGAAAAGACAAUGGGUUUAACAAGACAAAAGACAGUGCUCAAUGAUAAAUCGCUGAAAGGGAAGAUGCUGAUUAAAACAAUGUCUAAAGAACACCUGUCCUCUUCACCAUCGUUGAAAUCGAGUUUGAACGCUAUUUUGUUAGGUAGCACAUCAGUAGAUCUGCCAUCCACGGCGAAAAUCGUCCGCAUAUUCACCAGCAGCACAUUCAAAGACACAGAAAAGGAAAGAAACAUGUGGAUGACAGAAGCCUACCCAAAAAUUAAACUUUUCUGCCAAAAACUUGGUUACGAGUUCCAGGUGGUUGACAUGCGCUGGGGUGUUCGAAAUGAAAGCGUGGACGAACACAACGGCACGGAGAUGUGUUUACGAGAAGUGCAGCAGUGUCAACGACUCUCCACGGGGCCAAAUUUUAUAUCUCUUCUGUCACAUAGAUAUGGCUACAGAAAUCUACCAAGGGUGAUAGAGGCGUCAGAAUUCGAGAAGCUUGUCCAAGCUGUUGAGCCAGACCCCAAACAAGUAUUGCUCAAGUGGUAUCGUCGGGAUGAAAACGCUGCUCCACCGGUGUAUGCCCUCACACAAAUAAGUAAAUUUUUACCAGAUUUCUUGUCAACUGAUGCCAAAAAGAAGAGAGAUGCGACCAGCAAGUUCUGGACAGAAAAUGACAUCAUGCAAGACGCUUUAGAGAUGGCUGCAAAUCAGGUUCUAGGACCAGAGGACGCGCGCAGAUACGUCAUAUCAGUGACAGAGAAGGAAACACAGAUGGGCAUUUUAGAUGUUGAAGAUCCAGAGUCUCAUUGUGUUUGGUUCAAAAGGCGGAUCAAAGGAAUUGAGGACAUGGAACAAAGUACAAUAGCAUCUCACUAUAUAGAUUUCACUGGCCCCGAGGAAAAAUGGAGAAAAAACAGAGCUUUGUUGAAAGAGUUGUGCGACACCAGGAUUCCACAAGUUCUCCCUGCUAAGAAUAUAUGUCAGUAUGAUGUCGAAUGGAAGGAAGGAAUCGACUUGAACGACCCCUCUCACAAGAGUUAUUUAUCUAAAAUGACAUCGGAUUUUACGGCGAAAAUGUGCUCAAUGAUCCAGAAGGCGAUUACUGAGCGCAGAAAAUCAGAAAAUGGAGACACCCUCAUUCAGGAAAUUGUUCAUCACACCAGCUUCUGUAAAACCAAGCUGGAAAAUUUUCAUGGCAGGGAAAAUGCCCAAGAGAGAAUUAAACAAUACCUUACUGCCGACAGCUCCAGAUUAUUAGCCAUCCAUGGAUCCUCAGGUAGCGGCAAGACAACUCUGAUGGCAAAAGCUGUCGAUAUCGCAACGAAUUCUCUACGAAAGAUAGCAAAGAAGAAGUCGACAGCUGUUGCUUUUAGGUUUGUUGGAACAACACCCGGUAGUUCAAAUGUCACCGCUCUUUUGGAGAGUCUCACGAGACAGAUCACGCUUAUAUACAAAGAGGAUCUGAAAGUAUCAGAGGAGCUAAGAGAAUUAGUUGAACAGUUCGAACACGUGUUGCACUACGCAAGCGCAGAACUCCCUCUGGUGGUGAUGAUAGACUCAUUAGAUCAGUUGGAUCCGGCUAAUAAUGCCAGGAACUUGUUCUGGCUUCCACAGCAGCUCCCGCCUCAUGUCAAAUUCAUUGUGUCUACGCUGGAAGAGGAUGUGUAUGAGUGCUUCCCUAAUCUUCAGGGCUUCCUUCCCCCAGAAAAUCUUUUCUCCAUACCAAAAUUACCAGCCAGUGACGCUAGUGGAAUCGUGGAUCACUGGUUAAAGAGCAAAAAUCGAUGUAUCACUAAAAGACAGAUGGAGAUAAUAUUAAAAGCGUUCGAAAAGUGUCCCUUACCACUAUUUCUGAAAAUGUCACUGGAUGAAGCCUGUCGAUGGAAUUCAUUUUCUCCAGAAUCAGAAACUGUUUUAGAAAAGACAGUCCGAGAAAGUAUCAACGCUCUAUUCCAACGUCUUGAAAAGUCCCAUGGAGUUCUGAUGAUGUCACGUUCACUGGGUUAUCUCACAGCAGCUAGGAAUGGUCUAUCGGAAUCGGAACUGGAGGACAUCUUGUCAUGUGAUGAUGAUGUUUUAAAUGAUGUGUAUCAGUACUGGAACCCACCACUUAGACGCUUGCCUCCUCUUAUGAUGGCAAGACUUAGGACAGAUCUUCAACAGUAUCUUGUGGAGCGAGGAGCGGACAAUGUAACCGUGACCAGCUGGUAUCACAGACAGUUUAUGGAAGCUGCUCAAGCAAGAUACUGCACAAAGGAGGAAAUCAAGUUCCUACACAGUCAACUCGCAGACUUUUUCGAUGGCAAAUGGGCCGAUGGAAAGAAGAAGCCAUACACAGACAAGGAUGGGAAAGGCGGUGAUGAAGAACGUCACGUGAUGUCACAGCCAUUGAUGUAUGGCGACACCUACAAUAUCCGGAAGCUCAAUAACCUUCAAUAUCAUCUAAUUCACGCAGGGGACGUUGUUGCUCUGAAAGAAAAAUGUUUGUGCAAUUUUGGGUAUCUUGAACACAAACUGUUGGCAACUUCUUGCAGAGAAGUAAUAGAUGACUUUGACCUGGCAAGGCGCAAGUUUCCUGCAGAAAAUGUCUUGGACUUAAUCGGCGAGGCUUUUCAACUUUCUGAAGAUGACGUCAUUUACGACCCUCUUAUGUUCCCGUCGCAAAUGAUUGACCGACUUGGCAAUGAAAAGAUUGUUGAAGAUUUUGUCAAAGAUUGCAAGAGCUGCAGUCAUCCCCACAUCCGUCCUAAUCAGGACGUUCUUAUCAAACCUGGGGGACAGCUGCGCUGUGCAAUGGCAGGCCAUAGAGGAUCACUAAAGUCAAUGGACCUGAAAGAAAAUGGGAAAGCCGCGGUUACUUGUUGCGAAAUCGGUGAUGACGACAUUCGAACCUGGGAUAUUACUCGUGGAAAACUUAUUCGUACAUACGAUGGAUUAGGAACCAAUCCUUACUCAGUUCAUUAUGUGAACAAAGAUAACUUUAUAAUGAUAAACUAUACAAAUCUUAUUAAAACUAUCGGCGAGUUGGGAGAUGUGAUAUAUACCAUCCAGCCUCGUUCUGGACAAAACACAGUUGUUGUGGGUGGAACCGGAAACACGUGGAUAGGGCUGUUCCAGGAGAACAUAGUGGAGUUGUAUGAUAGUAAAACCGGUGAAUUAAAACAUCAGGUUGUGAACAGUGAUGUGAAGGGACUGAGCUUCGGUAUUGACGGGAUAGCGGCAGGAUCGGACAAUUUCAUGGUGGUAACGGAUUCAACACAGCAACACAUUUUCGUAUUCAGUUUGAAGAGAAAGAAGUUUGUAUGCAAUCGUCAAGUGUUCACUCAUGACGCCAACGGUGACGCAUACACAGUGGACGCAAUGACGAUAUCGGCAGACGAACAUCGAAUAUGCUACUGCGACUGCUACACAAAUGACCUUCACAUUUCUGAUAUUAAUACUCUGGUUGAUGUUACGGUGCAUAAAGGUAAAGAUGACGAUUAUACCUUAAAUUAUCAUGUCUCCAAGGACGGAAAAUCUUUGUACUGUGUGUCAAAUAGAGAUAUCCUUAUAUGGGACCUGAAAACCGGAAAACGGAAGUACACAUUAGAACAUUCUUGCUAUGUUACUGACGCCAAAACUGUAGAUUUCCGGACAAUGGUGACGAUUACAGAGGACAAAGUUGUCUACGUCUGGGACAUGACUCGUCCCGAAAAGAAGAGACAUGAGGAAAUAUACAAUAUUGGUCAUAACGUUUGGAAUAUCAUCACCCUUCCUAACAGUCGUUAUGUGGCGGCGCUGUUCAAACGAACGAAUGAAUCUAAGAACGACUUUGGUCUGAUAGUGUACGAUUUGGUGGACAUGAAAAUUGUUCGUCAAGCAAACCUUAUGGAGACACCGGGUGUGUUCGAAUUGAUUGAUGACGAACACGUUCUUCUGAAUAUGGGAAGUAGAAAAAUUAAAAUUGUCAACUUAAACACCAUGACAGUGGAACAUACAUUUCAAGGAAAAAUCCCCAGAGUCAGUGACCCGGAAGUUCGCGUCAUCUCCGAUCACAAUAAGAUUGUGGUACAAACCAAAGGUUCAAGUCACCUGAAGGUCUAUGAUAUCAAUCAUGAGGAAACGGAGUGUAUCAUUCGAAGUCCUCUACCAGGCGAAAUGAUACAAAAAAUAUAUACAAACAACAAAAGUAUGAAAGUUGCCGCCUUAACAGACUAUAAAAAUGUAAUUGUAUUCAACAUCAAAGACAAAACCACUGCUGUUGUCACCAGAGACAAUAUUGACGUGGAUGAACUGGGAGAAGCCAUUGCUGUAGCGCCCUCUGGUGACAACAUUGUCUUGACAGGAAGCAAACAGUUUGAAAUUCAAGACGAAGUGACUGAAGACGUAUUGGGUUAUAUAUGGAACUCGCAGAACGGAAAACAAGUAGCAGAACUGUACGAUAAGGAAUAUCAGAUUAAUUACUUGUUCAAAGAAAAUCAAAGAGGGUUAUCAAUAUCUGUUGAUGAUGUCAUGUUUAUCACCGAUAUGUGGUUUCUGACGUCAGAUGAUGAUUACAUAAUGCGCGUGUGGGACAUUAAUACAGGAGGCUUAAUGAAGCGACUAACAGGACACGAAUCGAAUAUCGAGAUGUUUUCAAUCACCGAUGGACCUUUGUUUGCUUCUUAUGGCUGUUGGGAAGAAGAAAAUGCAAUUAAACUCUGGUCAACAGAAAGUUUAGAAUGCAUUGCUUCAUUUAAAUUAGAUUGUGCGUUUGGAAAACUACGAAUGUGUAAAGACGGGUUAACUUUCGUGACAACAGAAGCAAAUCCAUCACGGAUUAUUCAUUGGAAGAUAUUUGGUGUUGAAGAAGUGGUGGACUUGUCCAAACUUCCCAAGAAAUUCGGCGGAAAGGUUUUGGAGGUAGACCUAGACCUCCAAGUAGUAGAAGAUUAUGAAGAUGACCCAGAAGACCCUGACACUGACGUAGAGGUCGAUGAGGAUGAAGAUGAAGAUGAGGGAGACGACGAAGAUAUAUGAGACGAUUUCCUCUGUUCCAUUCAUUAAAUCACUUUGUACCUCAAAUCAUCGUCAUUUCACUAUUCACCUAGUACCUGUACUUCAUUAUGAUAGUCAGAGGAUAGCAGUGACGUUCCAGAUUGUGUCGUGUACAGUCUGUGAUAUUUUAUUUCUGUAUCAUGUUUAACAUCGUACACUUUAUUUGGUUAACAAGUUUACAAAAUACAGGGUUAUGUGACUUAUCAUUGUUUCUGUUGGUUGACGUUACUAUUGUUAGUAUUUUAUAUAAUGCAGUAUUUAACAUUAUCUUGCAUUUCGAAUAGACAACUAAAUCUCGAUAUUUUGGAUUUUUACAUACAAUAUCAAGGUGUAUAGUAUAUUACAUUGAAAAGAGUUUAAAUGUAAGCGAUUAGAAUUCACGAAACAGGCAUGCACUUUUGUUAGGGAAAAAACCAGCGAGUCGCUAUUGUAUGUUCUACAAAAUGUCUUUCAUCCUGACUACAUGUCCACCAGUAUUGUAUAUAGUUUAUUAAAAAAAAACACUGCUUACA